AUGCUGGCAGAUCCACACAUGUUGGCGCAGCUUGUGCUUCUCGAGGCCAAAGAAAACGUUUCUGAGAGCGAUGAGUCGGCUAUUGGCCAAAUUUUGGCCGGCGACUAUGCGUCUGUCUUACGCCAGGCCACUGACGGAUUUCAAUCCAGAAUAGAACAAACGGCGCAAAAAUACCCGGAACACGACUUGGACACGCUUUUACGCGAGCUUGCUUCCAUCAUCGUCGAAGACCUUCCGCCGCUUACGGCCCAAUUUGUUGGAGUGUGUCUUCUCCAGCUUUUUCUCCAGGCCAACUUCACAGGGCCCGAGCCGCCUGUUUCGGCCAAGGAGAUGUUUUUCCCCGCCGCCGACGCCGACAUCCAGAAGAAGGCGGCGCGUCUUCUUGAUCUCGAAGGCAAAACCGCCUACGAGCUCAUGUACGACCCACUUCUGCUUGUUUUGGCGCUCUUGGUGUUUGAGCGCCUCCAACAGGUGCCCCGCAGCGUUUCGUUGGUGCACAAUGGCGCCGAACUCGAGAAAGUUGUGGAACACACACAGCAGAUCGUUGCCGCAGAUGCCGAAGCAGCGUCGCUUCUGUGGUGGCGGGCAAGAGCAUUGCAGACGCAUCUCAAUGUGUUGGAAGAGCCUGCUGACGUUUUGGCCACAGCCACCGGGCUUCUCUUGACCCAAAGCACCGUUGAUGCGCUUGUAGGAAAAGACAGCCAGGCAGACGAGAGUCUUCGUCGCCGCGUGCAACUCAGCUAUCUCUUGGAAAGCGCCCGCAGCAACGUCCACGCCCAGACAGAGCACUUGGCGCCCAAGUUCUUGCGCGAGGCCGCGGAGGUUUCGCAGAUGCAAUUUGUGUUGACCGGAGCACGGGCCAAACGCACCAAGUUCCAGACAUUCCACACGGCGUCGUUGCUUUUGUUGGCGAAAAGCGCCGACGAGCUGGCGCAUGGCCUGGCUCCGCGGGCGUUGCCGUUGGACUCGGACCUCUUGUUGGAGAAGCCGGAGUACGAGAUUGGCGAGCCAGAACCAAACACACAAGAGUCUUCGCCCGACCAGCCUUUGCGUCGCACGGUGCUGGUGCCCGACAUCGCCGAUCCGCACCGGCUCUUCCCCGUAUGUUCCACCAUCCCCGCCGAGCUCCGUCUGUUGGACCCCAACAACCAGCCACCGCUCUCGGACUUGGACUGUAUCCAGUUGCUUCUCCGCGUGGCCACGGUGCGCCAGACGUCGCCCUCAGGCAACACCAUGGUGGAGGAGGAGCUUUCGGCCGUGGUGCGGCGCAUCGUCUACGCGGCGCGGCCCGCCAGCUGGAGCGUCUUUGGCCGCGCGCUCUGGGAGCGGUCUGUGCUCGAAACAAACUCGUCGCGCACCGUGGAGCGCGGCAUUUUGCAGAUGACCGCCUUGGUCGAGGAGAUGGGCGUCCAUGUGGCGACCAAGACGUUUGGCAGUGCUGAUGAGGCGCCCGUGUGCGAGCGUCUCCGCUACAUCCACCAGCUCCCGCUCAUGUCGCAGUGGGCCAUGGACGCGGCGUUGGCCGAGAAGUACAUGGCGCUCGGCGUGCUCAAGUCGGCCAUCGACAUCUACGAGCGCUUGCACAUGCCCACGGAGGCGGCGUUGUGCUACGCGGCCGUGGACGACGAGGCGGCGGCCGAGCGGCUCUUGCGCGCGCGCCUCGACGUGCGGCCCGACGACGCGCGCGCGCUCAGUGUUUUGGGCGACAUCAAGCAGGACCCGGCCUUGUGGCAGCGCGCGUGGGACGUGGGCCGCUACGCCAAGGCCAAGGCUUCGCUCGCGCGCUACGCAUACCGCCCGCCGCCUGGCGUCGAGCGCAACGUUCCGCUCGCCUUGGACCACAUGCGUGAGUGCCUAGCCGCCAGCCCCUUGUCGUACGACAAUUGGUUUUUCUACGGGUGCGGCGGCCUCGAGACGGCCAACUAUGAGCUAGCUGCUGAGGCCUUCACGCGGUGUGUGGCGCUCGACGACACCAACUCGCAUGCGUGGUCGAACCUUGCGUCGGCGCAGCUCCAGCUCGGGAAAAAGCGCCAGGCGCUCGGCGCGUUGAAGCGCGCGUUGCAGCAGGGCGAAGGCGCCCGACGCCUGUGGCGCAUCUUCCAGAACUACGUGGUGGUGGCGGCGCAGUUGGGCGAGUGGAACGACGUGCUCCACGGCACGCGCCAGUUGGUGGAGAUGCGGCGCGCGGGCGACGCCAACGUGCCGCUCGACGUGCCGGUGUUGGAGCAGUUGGCGCAGAUCUUGGUGGCCGAGCCCUACGACGCGGCGCGGCGCGCGGCGCACUUCCAGGCGGCGUGCACCGACUUGCUCUGCGCGGUGCUUCCGGCGGUGGCGGACGAGCCGCGGUGCUGGAAGAUCGUGGCGCGCGUGGAGUUGUGGCGCGGCCGUGCUUGGGCGGCGUUGGAGGCGCACGAAAAGGCGUACCGGGCGGCGAUCGCGCGGCCGGUCGAUGUGGACGAGGCGGCGUGGGCCGAGGCCGUGGAUGCGUGUGCGGAUCUUGUGGCGGCGUACGAGUCGUUGGGCGAGCGCGAGGGCAAGCACGGCGCCGUGGUGUGCAAGGACUGGAAGUACAAGGCGCGCAGCAGUGUGCGGGCGUUGAUGUCGCGCGGGCGGGAGUGGGAGGGCCUGGCAGGGUGGGAGAAGUUGGAGGAGUUGCGUGACGAGAUGCGGGGAUGA